UUCUUUCUCUUUACAGAAUUCAUCAUGUAUCAUUUUUGCUGCAAGACAUGCAAGUGCUUCUACAAACCUGAAAGAUGUUCUUGCGAAUAUGAUACCCAAAGAACAAGCAAGACUUAAAAGCUUCAGACAACAACAUGGCAGUACUGUCAUUGGACAAAUCACUGUAGAUAUGCUCUACGGUGGCAUGAGGAGUAUGAAAGGGCUAAUAUACGAGACCUCUGUCUUGGAUCCUGAUGAGGGCAUUCGUUUCCGUGGCUACAGCAUUCCCGAGUGCCAGAAGCUGCUACCCAAAGCCCCUGGAGGUGCGGAGCCCCUUCCCGAAGGUCUCUUUUGGUUACUGGUGACAGGAGAAGUUCCUUCCCAAGAACAGGUGACUUGGGUGUCUCGAGAGUGGGCGAAGAGAGCGGCCCUGCCUUCCCAUGUAGUGACUAUGCUUGACAACUUCCCCACCAAUCUUCAUCCCAUGUCACAGCUCAGUGCUGCUGUCACAGCUCUCAACAGCGAGAGCACUUUUGCCCGCGCCUACUCUGAAGGAAUUAGCCGGACCAAGUACUGGGAGGUAAGCCACAAGCGGCAAGCUUUCCACAAGCAUUGGUAGACGAGGUUAUAGAGGUGACUUC